UUAGGCUAACCUGAAUAUCACUUGGUUUAGCCUGAAUAACAUUUUUGUUUACCUGUUUACAGUUAUUUCUCAUUGAUGGAAAUGGUAACAUGAUUCAGUUGAAAAGUCUGCAGGUUGCAGUCCGCAGUCUGCAUUUUUCAGUGACCCCUUGUAUUGCUGUUAUCUUCUGAUGUGAUAUUAACCUCACACAGUGAGCUUAAAGUAUCUGUGAAUUAGUAGGAAAACACAGAUCUGCAAAUGGACCUUUGUAACAAUGCCGUACAAUAUCAACAAUCUUUUAUAUUUUUCAUAUAAACUAAAAACUACCUUCAUAGAUCAAUAUUUAUUGUGCAGAAUUUAGUAAAUAUGUGAAGUUUCUAAAGAAUCUAUUACAAACUUAUAGAAAUAUAGAACUCCGAACUUGCCAAUUUUUUUCAAAUAAAUGUAUGUGUUGCCCGCUUGCAUACAUUUCUUUGGAAAGAUUGGCAAGUUUGGGGUUUGUAUUUUGAGUUCUUGUGAAUUUUUAUAAGUGAUGGGGCUUAUUUUUUGUUUGCUGGGAAUGAAAAAAAUCAGAAAAGCACAACUUUGACAAAAAGGACCAUUCAAUGAGAUGGCAAACAAUAGAACCCCAGGGGGUUGUACACCUCUAUAAGUGACAAGGGGAGUGCUGAUGAGGCCAAAUUGUUAGAACCCAGACAAAAAAGUCCCAUGGCUAAACCCAGACUCUAAACAGUACAACAGCUCAGACUGUAGCCCAGAAAAGGAAUGUGCAUUGAUAAAGGUCGGAAAAGAGAGAGAGUGAAGAACCGUUUGUAGAUUAAACUGAUACAGCUGCCAUCAUCUAUAAUCAUAUGAAAGCCAAUCUUCUGAGCUGAUUUCUGCUUUAGCUUAACAAGUGAUUUAAAUUCCUCUUUUAGAAAAAUGGAUGAAGGUGGACUUUUUCAAGAAUGGUUUGACUCUAUCAGCAGCAUCCUAAAACAGAGUGGUGAUUUGAAAGAGAUUUCAACCCAGUUUGGUUUACUCAGAUCAGAUGAGGAGAGAGUCUCGUUUGGACUGAGUUUAGCAUGUGUUCAUGACGUUAUAACUGUGAAGCCUUGCUUCAAACCAAAAUCAGCUUUGGAGUCUGUCAAGUUGCGCAACGAAGGAAACAAACUGUUUCAAAAAAAAUGUUACCAUGAAGCUCUGGAGGUUUAUUCCUGUAGUAUUUUGAAUGCACCGAUUGAAAGUCAUGGCAAUGAACUUUCUCUCGCUCUUGCUAAUAGAUCCGCAGUGUCGUUUCACUUAAGAGAGCACCAUCAGUGCCUGGAAGAUAUUCAACAGGCAUUGAGUCAUGGCUAUCCAUAUGAACUGAGUUACAAGUUGUUUGAUCGUCAAGGAAAAUGCCUUUUUGUUCUUGGUCAUGAUAGUGAGGCAUGGGAUUGUUUUCAAAAAGCAAAGCAAGCAUUGCAUCAGUCAAAGCUUGAUCACAAGAAAAAAGAAGUUUGGCUGAAAGAACUUGAAAUGGAAAUACACAGAUGCCAAGAAACUAAUACGGACAAAACCCACGUAAUGCCAGGAGGUUUGACCUCAAACAAUGAACAAGGCUUUAGUUUACCACAGCUUACUCGUAAAGAAAAUAGCAAGUUUACAUCAGCCUCUUGUGCUGUUGAUAUAACAACAUCCCCUGUUGCUGGUCGACAUCCAGUAGCAACUCAGGACAUCUAUGUGGGAGACAUUCUAAUCAUUGAAAAGCCAUUUGCUUCUGUUCUUUUGCCAAGACACCUAGAAACACAUUGCUAUCACUGUUUGAAGCGUGUCUCUGUCCCCUUACCAUGCUACCAGUGCAGUACUGUCAGAUAUUGCAGUGAUGCUUGUGCAAAAGAAAGCUGGGAUUCCUAUCAUUCAGUCGAGUGCCAGUAUCUUGACCUCAUCCAUGGAGCUGGGAUUGGUGGAAAUGCACACCUUGCUCUUAGAAUAAUAACAAAGGCAGGGUAUAAAUUUUUGAAGGAUUUCAGACAGGAAAUUCAGGAAGGAUUGUAUCACAGUAAUAGUAGAGAAUCGGGUUGCCGAUGGGAUGGAAGUUACAUUUCAUCUGAUUACCUUCCGAUCUACUGUCUUGUGACCCAUUCUGAAGAUAGGAGCAUCAGUGAUCUCUUCCGCCGCACAGUGAUAGCCAUGUUCUUGUUGAAGAUACUUCAAGGGGGUGCCUUUUUCGGUAAGGAUCCAUGUUCUCUGGAAGACCUUGCUUUUAUUGGCGGUCUGAUUUUGCGGCAUCUUCAAUCGAAUCCUUGCAAUGCUCAUGAAGUCUCAGAACUUCAACUGAAUCUUAACUCUGUUGCCACAUCAGAAACAGAUGAAAUUGCCUCAGGCAUAUACGCCACCCUUAGCCUGUUCAACCAUUCAUGUGAUCCUUCGGUUACGAGGAACUUCUAUGGUGACACAUGUGUAGUACGAGCCAUAAAGAACAUUCCAAGUGGGCAUGACAUCUCUGAUAACUAUGGUACCCUUUCUGCUGUCACUGUUAAACCAGAGAGACGCAAUAAAUUAAAGAGUCAGUAUUAUUUUACCUGCCAAUGUAGAGCUUGCGAGGAAGACUUUCCUUUGUAUUCAGAGAUACCUAGCACUGCCUCUCCAGUAUACAAAUGUGAAAACUGUUGUACACCACUUUACCUUGUCGACAGCUCUAAAGAUAGAGCACUGUUAGUGGUUUGCAGUGAGUGUCAGUGUUCCUACAAUCUGUCAGAAAUGAGGGCCACCUUAAAAGCUUCCACAGAUUUGUACCAGCAAGCCAUGGAUACCCUUCUCAACAAGGCAGAUGUGAAAGGCACUUUGUCUGUGUUCAUAUCUCAUCUGAGGCUUCUUGAGAAGUUAGUGUGUCGUCCCUGGAAAGAUUACAACAACUGCCAGGAAGCCAUCAAACAGUGUUACAGUAUAAUGGGAAACUGUCAUGUAAUGAAACUAUAGGUUAGUUAUUAUUCAUGUGCUCUUUUAGCUAAAAGGUUAUUUCUUUGAAAAUGAACCCUUUUAAAAUAGUUCAUACAACAAGUGAACAAUAAUAUUGAACUGUUUUGCACACUUGGCGGACCUAUGUGUUAGCAGAGGUUAUGAAAAAAACUACAGUAGUUCCAGAAAAUAUCCAUAACACCCCCACGGAAGACUCCCACCCACCCCUCUGGAAACUCCAUUCCUUUCAAUUUUCUGGUGUUAUAAUCUGGUGAAUUUAAUGCUGGGGGG